CUCGCAGCGACAUUGCGGUAGAUUUAGAAAAUAAGAGUUUUUUCGCGGAUCACAGUGUCCACAUUUAUUUUAUUUUAAUCCGCGAAAGCGAGUGGAUUUGCUCAUUUGGUGGUGGUUCAAUUCAAGAUCAAUCAUUUGUGCACUGUGUCGAGUUACGAUUUAAGUGAUUGCACUAAAGGUGGCUCAAUGGCAAAGCGGGGAAAAGCUCUCAUACCGGCUCUAAGACGCAGUGAUAACAAUGAGGAAUCCAACUCAGUACCCGAGCAAACAAUCAACGAUGUCUUCCGAUGUUUCAUCUGCAUGGAGAAACUUCAGGAGGCACAUUUGUGUCCACACUGCUCAAAGCUCUGCUGCUAUGUCUGCAUUUCCAGAUGGCUAACGGAACAGAGAAGACAGUGUCCACAUUGCAGAGCUCCACUUCACGUCAAUGAAUUGGUCAAUUGUCGUUGGUUUGAAGAGGUAGCUGUGCAAGUGGAAAAUCUCCAGCAGAUUUGUACGAGCAUCAAAACCAACAGCCUUUGCAAGAAUAAUGAGCAGGAUCAAUGUCAGACGCAUCAUGAGAAGCUCAGUGUUUACUGUUGGACAUGUAGGACAUGUAUUUGCCAUCAGUGUGCUUUGUUUGGUGGAACUCAUUCUGGCCAUACUUUUAAGCAAUUAGAACUCGUGUAUGAGACCCAUAUAGCCCAAGUGAAGGAGGAAGUGUCACAACUUAAGAGUCGUCUGGUGGAAUUGAUAAAUUUUGUCCAUGAUGUUGAUCUCAAUAUUGAAAUAGUUUGUACGUCCAAGGAUGAAAAGGUGAAGGAGAUAAGGAAUGCAGUGGAAUCAAUGAUAAAACGUCUGGAUCAGCAGUUAAAGGGUAAAUUGGUGACGUUGAUGCGUCAAAAGAGAUCCUUGACGCAAGAGACUGAACAAUUGGAGCGUUUAUUGGAAGAGACAGAGCAUCAGUUGAAUACAUGCUCUAGAUCUCAAUUAAUCAUGAAAUCACCAGAAUUGCUCAAGAUAAUCCAUCAGGUGCGAAUAAAGCCAAUGGCAAGUUAUGUGACAACUCGAAUGUCUUCAGAUUUUACCAGUGAAAUGGUCCCUUCGUAUGAUUCAUGUUCCUUUGUCCUGGAAAAAUUUGCCAGUCUCCAGCAGAAGGGUCUUCCGGUGUAUUCGCAUCCGUUGAAGGUGAAUGGUUUGUGUUGGCGCCUGAAGGUGUAUCCAUUUGGUAAUGGUGUUGUUCGUGGAGAAUUUCUCAGUGUUUUCCUGGAAUUGACAGCGGGUCAUCCGGGAAGCAAUAAAUAUGAGUAUCGCAUUCAGAUGCUCCACGAAACUAAUGCUUCAAAGGAGAUUUCGCGGGAAUUUGUGUCAGAUUUUGAGAUUGGCGAAUGUUGGGGCUAUAAUCGUUUUUUCCGGCUGGAUUUGCUGGCAUCUGAGGGCUACUGGAAUGUCACAAAUGAUACACUCAGUCUUCAAUUUCAAGUUCGACCCACAACGUAUUAUCAGCGCUGUCGUGAUCAAACGUGGGUCAUUAAUCAGUUGAUGCAGCAACAGCAGCAGCAUUUGCUGCAGAUCAAGGAUCUGACUGAAAGGCUGGAAAGAGAACGGGGCAGGCAGAAAGGAAAUAUGUCACAGAAUGUGGCUAAAAUUGAUUCAGCUUGCCGAGUUGUGUCGGCUGGAAGUGAUCUAUUGGAUUCCCUCUGCAAUGAGGUGAAUUUGCCCAAUGGAAAGGCAACAAGUCAAUCUUCCGAAAGUGUUCAGAGGAAAGAGGAUAGUCCCAAAAUGACAAUGACAUCUUCAGACACAAAUGAUAAAAUCUUCUCGGAAAUACUCAAGUGUCUCAAUGGAGCUGAAAAUACUUGUCUUGCCACAUCGAGUUCAUCUAGUGUCAUUAGUAAACCAUCUAGUGCCAUUGAGGAGAAUCCUAAAGUUUCAUAUGCUGAAACGUCAACAUUGCCCACAAAAAAGCCUCUUCCUCUUUCACUAUCCCUAUCCUCGCCAGUUCUCUUUGAGAGCACCUUUUCGGAGAGUUCAGAGUCCGAGGAGGAUGAAACAUCGGCAAAUGGGGCAGUUGGGGAGGUUAAAGAGACCAAGAAGACAGGAAGUUUGUCUGAGGACUCGAGUUCAAUUGAUGAGAACGAUGUGGAUGAAGAGCCAAUUUCGGGAGAGAAUGAUGUGGAAUAUGCAGAAUUUUCCAUGGCUGUCCUAGCACCCAAUUCACCCAGUACUCCAGCCAAUGGGAACAAUGUCAGUAGAUCCAAUCUAGAUGAAGAAUUGAUACUUCUGUCACUAUUUGAUGAUUCAACAUCUGCCGCUAGAUCCCUUGAAAAUGGAUCUUCGACGAAUCAGUCAACAACUAGAAGUUCCUACCGACAGCCAAUAACAUCAGCCAGUGUGUUGGAAACGCUGCUGGAGCCACCUAAAAUGAGUUCUGGUCCCUUGGCCAAUAACUUAGCCAUCCAGUCAAAUGAUGCUGAUUUGUCAGAGAAUGAUGCCUUGAGACGUUUACGUCGUGUCAGGAAUACGUCAAAUCCUUCAGAGUCCACCGAUGGAGCAACAUCCGAUGUAUUCUCAAAUGAUGCAAAAUUUAAAAAGUACAACCUACAUCAACUUGUAAGGCGAAUUAGGAAUACGGAUGUUGUUACAAAUGGGGAAAGUACAGGCGAUGUUGUUGGGGGGAGAAAUGGCCACAGAGACUUAACUUUCAGCAAUUAUCGUGGUUUAAUGAGGAAGCAACCUAAUGGUUGUGUGAGUGACAAAGGUGGAUAUGCAGGAAGUGCCUCAAUGGCAAAGUACUAUGGGAAUAAAUUGAGUCCGAAGGGUAUAAAGGCAUCAAAUGGGCCAAAAUUGAGUACAGCAUCAACGUCAAAUCGAUUCGCGGUGAAUGGCGAUGGUAAUUGCUAUAUGAGAGACAAUGGAUUGGUGGAUCUUAAAUUGCCAUUUGGUCCAUCUGGAGCACUGAGUAGCAAUGGAAGUGCCUCAGUAGGGGACACCAAAGUGCCAAAUAUGUCAUUUUCAGUGGAAUUUCUAACACCACGACCCAGUACAUCUAGUACAUUUUCUGGUGCUAUUAAGCGUAAGCCAUCCUGUAAGCCACGAAAUUUGCCACAUUCAAUCAAAUACUGCGAAGAUACGUCGUCAAGUGUGACAAGAGGAAGUGGAAAUAGAAAUUGGAAUUCGACUGAUCUUAGAGAAAUAACACCAGUGGAUAGGGAUCCAUUAUUCCAGGCCAUUGAUAGGAUCAAUUUUGAAAUGGAGGACAAUGACAUACUGCCAGUGCCUCAGGCUCCGUCACAAGACAACCACGUGGCCCAGGAGGAUACAAGUCCACAGACAACAACACUGCUAAAACGAAGAAGGCAUGUUCCUUUUAUCAAUCAUUUGCAUUUUUAAUAUUAACUAUCGCAGUUUGCGAAAUUUUGUUUUUCUUUUUCAUUGAGUAAGUUUUUAUUUAUUUAUUUCUUAUUUUUUGCAAAAAGGUAGAGUCUAUCGAUUUUUUAUAAUUGUUGAGUAGAUCCUCAAAAAAAGGACCAGAUCUUAGUCACAAUAAUUCACAUUAAGAUCAAGGUAGUACAAGAUUUUUAAUUGGUGACUUCUUGGUAAAGUUUGCAGGUAGAACAUUGAUUUAUAGUAGGCCUUGCAGAUGCACACUUUCUUAAAAUAGAGCUUAGCACGCGCUAUUUGUUACUUCCCACUUCCUCCCCUUCAAUUACCGAGUUUCUCCUCAAAUUUAUGCAGAUUUUAUGCAAAGGAUUUAAUAACAAAAAAAAGAGGAAAGGAUAAAUCCGUUUAAUUAGAAGAAAUUUACUAACGCAGAAUUGCAUAUUGACAUCUCUUAUCGUUUAGAACGAAUCGAUCUUACGAUCAUACCUAAAAUAAAUCCAAACAUUCAAAGCAUAAGUUUUCCUUGCCCAGCGCACAAUAACUUUUGUUUAGUAAACAUGUUUUUGACAUUUUAAUGGGAGUAAGUGAGAUCUAGAUCUAGUCAUCUCGCUCUCAUAGGAAAUUUUGAAAACAUGUUUACAGACAAAAGGUUGUUUAUAAACUUUUUUUUGAAAAUUUUCUAUAAGUGAGAGGGAGAUAACUAGAUCUAGAUCUCACUCACUCUCACUGAAAUGUCAAAAACAUGUUUACAAAAGACAAGUUAUUGCGCUCUGGGCAUAAUGCCCAACACACAAUAACUUUUGUUUAGUAAACAUAUUUUUGACAUUUCAAUGAGAGUGAAUGAGAUCUAGAUCUAGUCAUCUCACUCUCUCUCAUGGGAAAUUUUGAAAACAUGUUUACAAACAAAAGUGAUUGUACGCUUGGCAUAAUGCUCAAAGAGAAUUUUUGUAUACAGGGUGGCCCAAUUAAACAGCAAUCUUUUCAAAAAGCUUUAUUUUUUAAAUUCAAAAUUAAUUUUAUUUGUGUGAAUGAGAAAAAAAUGAAAAGUCUUUCAGUACUUGGGGAAUUCUUUGAAAUUUCCGAAAGAGACACGGGCUAUGGCCUUAAAUCAGCCAAUGAACGCAUCUUACGCUCCUUGACCGUGAAUUUCCAGAAUACGAGCCCAUUCACGAGGAAAGGCUGGCUUCAGCUCAUCGAUAUUUUUGUAGUUUUUAGUUCUGAUCUUGGUCAGCAAAAUGCCCCAUACGGAAAAGUUGGAAGAGUUUACCGGUGACAAUUGGGUUCCAUUAUAAGCUCGAAAUGAACAACAAAACAUUGCUAGCUAAUCUCAAAAUGAGCUACGAAAUCGUUUUCAGUUAAUCUUCAUUGGCGCGCUAUUUGUGUGUGAUGGUAUCGAGUUUUGUUGGAACGUCCACUCUUUCUCACAGAAAUGUUUAUAUAGAGGAAAGCGCGCUAACUUCGGAUGACUGAGGUUUCGCACAAUUCAUUUUUUCAAUGUGUUUCAAAUUAAUUUGGCCCAUUGUAAUAUUAUAUAUUUAAAAGCUGAUCCAAUGCCUCAAAUUUCCAGAAAAGAGUUGUAUGUAAAAUCCAUUGAGAACAUAGGAAUAAAUUGAGUUGUAUUCGAAGCUUAAGUCGUUCGAAGGUAGAGUGUUUUCUCCUAUACACGGUUUCUAAACUCUUUUCAUACACCAAAAACCCCAGCGAGCACAGUUAGCUAGAAAAAGCAGCGUUUUCAGCAUAUUUUUGCUGAGUCGAUCAGGAAAAAUAUGCUGACCGGUCAACAGUUCUAAAACAGAAAGUUUUAAUUAAAGCUGAAAAUACAUGUUUUCUUCCGAAUUGAAAUCGGUCAGCAUGUGGUACUCGCUGGAACAUUAACAGGAUUUGAAGAAACGCUCUAAAAACAAGAGAUGACAAAGCGUCCCAGCUUUGCGGACUGUUCGAACUCACGAGAAAGAGCUAUCUGUGUAUUAUCUUUUCGCAGUUUUUUGGGUAUAUCGAUUUACUACCGAUUAAAUUGAUAGAUUCAAAAAAAAAAAAAUAACAAAAUAAAAAAAUUGUCUAAUGGUGUCUACACAAUAGAAGCAAUUUUCAUCAAAAAUUUUCCUUUUUGCAAAAUUCUGACGUUUCUGCCUACAAGGAUAGGGGAAAUUUUAUUUAAAAAGGCAUUUUUUUUAAGAAAUUUCUCCUAGUGUGUAGAGGCCUUAAGAAAAGUAGGUUUCAGAAUAUUUUAUAAUGAGUAACAAGCAUACGACCAAAUAAAAAGUAAAAUCGAGAAAGGUAAAUCAUUUACGGGUGAAUUAUCGAUUCACUACUGAUUAAGGCCGAUGCAGUCUAGUUGGAAACUUCACGAUCUUCCGAAAAAAAAAAAAU